GACAUCAGUUCAGUUUGGAGUUGGAGACAGUCCGUGUCCGCGGGGGGAGUUUGUUGGUGGCUUACUGAGUAGCAGUGAUGUGCCAAACCUAAACGAUAGAAAGUUCUCCACACAAAGAGACAAGAACUUAUUUAUUGAUUUUUUUUUUUAAACAAAAGCUUUUUUCUUUUGUUCAGGGUUAAUUUUGCACCAACACCAGAAGUUUAUUCCCGGAUCUGAAAUCAGUUGGAGAUGGCAGAGGGAGACUUUUACACGAUGGGAAACCGACAGAGGUUUCCCAGAGAUCCGUUUGGAGAAUCGCCAUUCAGAGAUCAGUCUCCAUUCAGGGAUCAGUUAGCGUCCCGGUUCAUGGAAGAUGAUUUUGGGAUACCACCUUUCCCCGACGAUCUGUCGAUGGACUGGCCAGGCUGGGCUCGGCCGGGUCGGCUAAGCACGCGUCUCAGCUCCUCGCCCUUUAGCAGCAGUUUACGCACAAGUUUCCCCCCGCGUCAGUCCACGGGAGGCCCCACGUUGUACACCAGUAGGUACGGCGAGCCCUCCUCCCGGAGCUCACCCGUCACUACCGGUGGGGAGCCCUGGAAAGUCUGCGUGAACGUCCACAGCUUCAAACCGGAGGAGCUGCACGUAAAGACGAGAGACGGAUUUGUAGAAGUGUCAGGAAAGCAUGAAGAGAAACAGGAAGAAGGAGGAAUUGUGACAAAGAAUUUCACAAAGAAAAUACAGAUCCCUACAGAUGUGGACCCUCUGACGGUCUUCGCCUCUCUGUCCCCUGAGGGCGUCCUCAUCAUCGAAGCUCGGCAGACGCCUCCAUAUUACCUCUUCAGCAACGAGGGCUCCCAAGGUGGUGAAAUGCAGGAGGUGGAAGCCCCCAGGCCCCAGGAGGCUCCUCUGGCCUGAACACGUCAUUCUGCACAAUCAGUUACGAGUUUGAUGUGAAAUGUGUUGCCAUAGCUUCAUGUUGUUUGGCACCUGGAGGUGUUCGAUGUCCAUCAAAACAGAUUUAUACUUCUGAUUUUUCUUAAAGUUCUCUUAAUGAAAUUGGAAUUCACUCCUCUCUAGCAGUAACAGUUAUUAUCAUCAGUUCGUAGUUCUGCCCGUGUCAGGGAGUUUUUAAUAAAAAUACAAAGAUCAUAGGAGGCCGUGGGUGGUUACUUUAUGAUUUAAUUUCUGUCUGGCUCAGUUUUAUUUGUAACUCUUCAUAUUCAGAGUCAAAGAUUUUUUUUUUUUUUGAUUGUAUAAAGUGAAUUUAUUAAGUGUAGCAGUCUUUCCAACAUAUAUUUUAUUCAAAAAUAAUCUUUCCGAGUGCCUUUGCUUCCUUCGGGUCCUGCAGGUGUUUUUUAUUUAACAUAAUGUCAAAACAAAGGUAAUAUUAUGACAUGUCUGUGUAUCCCAAGGGUGAAUUUUGUGCAUUAAUGCAUUUAAUAUAUAAUAAUCUUCCACAGUGUAUUGUAAAUAUAAUAGUGCCAAUUUAUUAUAAAUCUUAAUCUGAAAUGUUCCACAUUUUGCGGUGUGGCUCGACGUUGUCUUUUCUAUUUGAGCUUUAAGGAAGACAGCUGCACGACUGUUGGAGAGGACAGACUGCCGUGUUUGCCAAAGACGUUUGUUUCCUGAUGUCUUUGUAUUGACUGAUGCAAUAAACAUGUCCAGCCAAUCGCCCAGUGUGUCUUAAC